CUGUUUCACCCAGUCAUCUGUUGGUGCGUGUGUUUUGUUUCAGGUGAUCUUACCCCAGUGCAGAUGUCCCCGGUUCCUCAAUCCCAGUUCAUCCCCUUGGCUGAGGUGCUGUGCUCCGUCAUCUCCGAUAUGAACUCCGCCCAAGUCACCGUCAGCCAGGAGGCGCUCAUCAAUCACAUGAGCAAAGCCCAUCCAGGGAUAACCAUCCCCACGCAGGACAUCCUCUACAACGCGCUUGGCACUCUGAUCAAGGAGCGCAAGAUUUACCACACGGGCGAGGGCUACUUCAUCGUCACGCCUCAGACCUAUUUCAUCACCAACAGCAUGGUCCGAGAAAAAAACUGGUGGACUUCCGGUUCAUCAGACGAUCCUCCGUUGCCUCCCUCCAUCACGUACCUCCUUAGCAACGACCUGUGCGUGGAGAGCACCCCGGCCUUGCCCGUGGCCCACUGCAAGUCCUGCAACUGUUUCAGCGCGCUCCAGACUCCGUCUAACAUCGCGGUAGCUACCGAGGUGGCCGCCGUCCCUCCCUCGGCCGCCCCAGACCAGCAUUCUGUCACCGUGUCCGUGAGCGAAUGCACAGGCAAAAGUCUGAAGUGGCCCCGGCCGUCGGAGCACAAACCCACGGUGCAGCAUCAGUCCACCUCCACGGCAGCAGAUUGCCAGGCAAGCGAGAUCAGCAAAACAACGGCCACCACCAACGCCACCGGUCGGAAAGAUAAAGAUAACAAACCCACAAGGAAGUUUGGGCUUAGUUUGUUCAGAAGAAAUGGAGCUAAAAAGGAGAAGCCAAAGAAGGAGUACGCCUCAUUUUCAGGCCAGUUUCCCCCAGAAGAGUGGCCAGUAAGAGACGAAGAGGACUUGAACAAUCUGCCCCGAGAUCUGGAGCACGCCAUCAUCAAACGCAUCAACCCUGAACUGACUGUGGACAACCUGACACGACACACCGUCCUGAUGAAGAAGCUGGAGGAAAGAAAGGAAAGGGGGACAGACAAGGUGUUGGAUAGGGGGCCGGAUAAGGACGAGAAGGGAAUCGAUAAGGGAAUAUCUACUGACGUCCUAACGUUUUCAAAACAGAAGCAUCACCACUUGUCCAAAGCAGGAGGAGGGAAGAGGUCUUCUCGGACCAAGAGAAGGGCUCACUCAUCCAAAGAGAAGCAAAAGGAAAGGGACAAGGAGAGGGUUAAAAGUAAAGCACAUAUGUGUGUAGACAAUUAUCCAGAGGGAGAGGAUCUGAUCCCGACCCGGCUAAGAGUGGAAAUCCCUGUUGAUACACCAGAUCAAGUGGAGGAGGGUGGAGCUGUCGAGGGGAAAUCUAUUUACAAAAAACGCAUCGAGAACCCUUUCCAGACACAUCCAGUCAGAGAUACUGAGAACACGAUUCCCGCGCCCAGAGAGCAAAGAAGACGUGAGGUGAAAGCGUCCAAGGCCUCCGGCGCGUCGAAGAAGGACCGAGCAAGUCACCGCUCCAAGUCAUGGGACCCACAUCGAGCCAAAGGGAUGGCAGCAGGUGGAGAGGACGCUUUGAAACUUCCAUCAUCAGAGGACAAAUAUGACUGUACGACUCACGAGAGGGACUUUGCUGCUGAUCACCCGCUACAGCCGGAGAAGAUGCUGAUCAGAGAGCUGCCCUCAGACUACAGCGCAGCCUACCCACAGAGCAGCACCCUCCGAAUAGAAGACAAGGUCCGACACCAGAGCCAGGGAAACAAGGAGAACAGGGAGGGAGAAAGCAGAAACGGGGUAUUUCAGGACACUUGUGCCCACAAAAAUGUGACCGACCAGAGCCAAAGUAGAGAUGGCCUCCUUACUAACAUCCAACCGCCCUCAAGCACGACUUCCACUCGCCCUGCCCGUUCCUAUGAGCUGGUCGUCAACCACUCCUAUGAGCCAAAUCUGCCCUGGGCAAAGCCGUCUGCACAGGGGAAGCAUCCCCUCAGACUACCCAGUGAGCAAAGUAAAGAUGUUCAGAAGCCUGGGGAGCUCUCAGAAGACCAACGGGAGAUCAGGCCAGUCAGCAACAGAGAACAGAGGACAGGGAGACUGGGAGAUCAGCCGCAUUUGGCGCCUGACCACACCACAGUGACCACGGAUAGUUGUGGCUUUGUGGAAGAUGACUACCGGCUCUACCAGGGAGAACCUGAGCCAGAGGAUGAUGACGCCUGCAGCUCCUUGUGCCUGGUUGUUGAUGACAUUAUUGAUGUUGCAAGUGAGUGUCAAGCUGGUUCGCCAAACUACUGUGGCCGUCCACUGGUUGACCACGACCACGAAACCUUUAUGGAACAUCGGGGAUCUCCUUAUUAUAAAUCCACCUUUCAACAGCCACAAGUUGCUCUCAAGCAGGAUUCCUUGGAUGGCGUGUUGACAGAUUUGAUUUCCCCUACAGCUCAUAGAGGAGCCGCCUUCAGCCCCACAGGACCUGCAGAGACCAGCUGGAGACUCCAUCACUGGAGGACUAAAUCCCCAGGCACCCAAAGUGAGGCCAGCCCCGUGGGAAGCACUUUGAUCCAGAGGGAGGGACAGCACGGAGCUGGUCUUGAUGUGGACUGCUUGGAGGCAUGGGAAGCCACAGGAAGCAGUAUAUUUGAUUACUGUCAGGCCAGUGAGGUAGAAUCCGACUCCGAGACUGUCCGAAAGUCUGCUGAGGAAGGUGACGGCAAGUCAGCUCAGUGGGCAGCCGAUGGGGAAGAAGUGCAGGAGGACGACUUGGAGGACAAGAGCGUUUUACCGAACUACAAAGCAACUCAGAGCACGACAAGUGGAGCCAGAAGGGCAGAGACUGGGGAAGUGGUCGAGAACCAGAGCAUCACAGGAGACAGCGGGAUAGAUUCCCCUCGGACCCAUGUCAGUCUGGGCUCCAGCAACACCGUCAUUCUCGAGGGUCUCAAGAGAAGAGGCUUCUUGCAAAACCUGGAGAAACUGCACUCAAAGAGCAACACCAUUCGACCACAGAGCUCCCUGCUACAGCUAACUCCUGUCAUGAACGUGUAGCAGGCCUCUGCUGAAGCGUCCGGGCCCGAUGAGACGCGACUCUUCACCAAAAGCCAAAAACAAAGACUUUGAAUCUCCAGAUACGUGUAAGCGUUUCCUACCUCACACUGAUAUCUGACAGAGUUCCAUGUACAGAUGUACAGUACAAAUGUAUCUUUGUAAAUCAUUUUAAAAGAUAUAUGCUAUGAUGUUUCCCUCUGUGAACUAACAAGCGUAUGUGGUUGUAGAUGACCCACACUUGGUCUGAUAUGGAUACAGCUUUCUUUCUCCACUUGCCUCAAAGCUUCAAAUGUUUAGAGUUAAAACUCUGUCCUAAACUUUCCCUGUCUUGUAGCAAUAACUUCAAAUAAAACUAUAUAUCCA